UUGGCAAUUUCCAGCCAAUCGCGGCCAGAAGCUUCUGUUUGGUGGGUGGUCCGCGCGGCCGUGGAGGUUGGCGGCUGUUGAGCGGGUCUCCCGGAAAAGGCCCUGGGCGGAACAUCUCGGUCGGAAGAGAAAAUGAGUUUAGCUCUGAGAAGUGAUCUUGUAGUAGACAAAACAAAGAGGAAAAAGCGAAGAGAGCUCUCUGAAGAACAGAAGCAAGAAAUUAAAGAUGCCUUUGAGCUCUUUGAUACCGACAAAGACCACGCGAUAGAUUAUCACGAAUUAAAGGUGGCAAUGAGAGCCUUGGGUUUUGAUGUGAAAAAAGCUGAUGUGCUGAAGAUUCUUAAAGAUUAUGACAGAGAAGCCACAGGCAAAAUCACCUUCCAAGAUUUUAAUGAAGUUGUGACAGACUGGAUAUUGGAAAGAGACCCACAUGAAGAGAUACUGAAAGCAUUUAAACUAUUUGAUGAUGACGAUUCAGGUAAAAUAAGCCUGAGGAAUUUGCGACGUGUUGCCAGAGAACUGGGCGAAAAUAUGAGUGAUGAAGAACUUCGGGCUAUGAUAGAAGAAUUUGAUAAAGACGGUGAUGGGGAAAUAAAUCAAGAGGAAUUCAUUGCUAUUAUGACCGGUGACAUAUAAAGGAUUGCGAGAAUCAACACCAAAAUGUUGCAGUUGUCAUCUGUAUUCCCUUUAUGUGACUAAAGUCCUGUUUAAAAAAAAAAAAAAAAAAAAAACAAACCAAUUUAGUCCUUUCUCCACAAGGACCAAAGCUAAGCACCCUUUGUAUUUAUUUCACUGCGGCUGAGUUUCUCUGUAUGAUCAAUGUUGUUCGCAUCGACAGUUUUAACUUCAAAUUGAUAAUGCAGCUCUAUAUAAAGCUUAAAAAUAUCAAUGUAGUGUAUAUUAUUUGGAGGCUUCUAAAUUUAGCAUUAGCUAUUUUUAUUUUGAUGCACAUGUUUUUUAGACACUUAUUAAUAAAAUUCUUAUUUUAUUAGUAUGUUAA